AUGGGGAGUUCUAAAGUGCCACGCCUACGGGCUGUUUUCCAAUCUGCAGCCUCCAGCCACGACUGCUGCCUGCAACCCCUCAUUUCUCCCUGUUUCCCGCCGGUAGCCGCACUUUUGAGCUGUGAGGGGGCGAGGCGGGGGCGGGGCUUCCGACUUGGGCUUCGGGUCAAUCGGCGCGCUUCCAGCGGUAACGGACAGUUCCAGGAGCCAAUCAGCCAACCGACUCUCUUCCGGGAUUCUCACUCCCGCCACCUGGUAGCGGCCGUUACUGGUGGCGCGCGCGCGGAUUCAGUCGAUUUCCCACUCUACCUUGGCAAGAAUGUAGUAGGUCGAAGCCCUGACUGCUCUGUGGCCCUGCCUUUUCCAUCCAUCUCCAAACAGCAUGCAGUAAUUGAAAUCUCAGCUUGGAACAAAGCCCCUGUCCUCCAGGAUUGUGGGAGCCUCAAUGGCACUCAAAUUGUAAAGCCUCCUAGGAUCCUACCUCCUGGAGUGAGCCAUCGUCUGAGGGACCAGGAAUUAAUUCUGUUUGCAGAUUUUCCCUGCCAAUACUAUCGCCUGGAUGUCCCACCACCCUUGGUCCCUCGGAGUCUUCUAACUAUAGAGAAAACCCCCAGAAUACGGAGAGGAUCCCAAAAUUCCAGAGUUUUGUUGGCUGAGGAUUCAGAGGAAGAAGGGGAUUUUCCUUCUGGAAGGUGUGUGGCGAAUGGAUCAAGGAAUACAGCAUCCCCUUCUGCAACAGUAGUUCCAGAAAGUGAUGAAGAGGUCUCUUCUCUGGCCCCAAGUAUCCCCGGGCCAUCUUCACCCUUUGGGUUGGGCAGUGACACCGAUGAAGAACAAGGUCAGCCACCAGGAGUAGAGGAGUCCUCUUUAGCUGACAGCAAUGGUGCUGCAGGGGAGGCUGAGCAGCCUGAAGCUAACGGAAUGACAGCUGGCAUACAGGCUCAGCCUACUGAGCACAAGUUGAAGGACACAAAAAUCAAGAAGGAGGCAGACAGUGCAGGUAUCUCAGAUGGGUCAGUUCCGGAGAGGAGCCCCACUCUUGGGGAGGACAGUGACACAGAAGUGGAUGAAGAACAUAAACCUGGUUUUGCGGACAGUGAUACAGAUGUGGAAGAAGAGAGGAUCCCUGUGACCCCACCUGUAGUCCCUGUGAAGAAAAACCAAGUGCUGCUUGCAGUCGGUAUAGGGGAUCCUGGAGAACCUGGUGUGGCACAUCUGCAGGACAUCCCAGCUGGUAGUGACACAGAUAUGGAGGAUGACAAGACUGCACUGGAUGUCUCUCUAGAGAGAAACCACACACCCAUGGUGAUCAACAGUGAUACAGACGAGGAGGAGGAGGAGGUCUCAGCAGCACUCACCUUGGCCCAUCUGAAAGAGAGAGGAGUUGCUUUGUGGAGUAGAGACCCAGGCACAGAAGAGGUCAAGUCCCAACCACAGAUCCUUGUAGAACAAAGCCAGAGUGCCUCUGGGAGAGACAGUGACACAGAUGUGGAGGAGGAAUCCUCAGGGGGAAAGAAAGAGAUUGUCCCUGACAGCCCCAUGGAUGUAGAUGAGGCUCUUACUGUCACACAGCCAGAGAGCCAGUCUCCCCGUAGGCCUAAUGAUGUAGAUGAGGACAUGGAUAUGAGCUCCCCUGGCAGCCAUCUAGUGGUAAAUCAGGCCUCCUCUGCUGUGGUAGACAAGACCAGAGCACAAGUGGAGGAGGAAGUCCCAGGGCCAUCUGUUAUCCUGGGGGAGAAGCACCAGGUGCCUCUAGAGGGAGCCCAGCCUCCUGAGGAAGCCUGGGAAACAGCUGUACAGGAAGGCUCAUCCUCACCAGAGGCAGCCGGAAGACCAAGCCAGCAGCCAGUAGCAGAAGAUGCUGGGACAGAAGAUGCUGGGACAGAGUGUGCUGCAGCUGUUUCUGAGCAGGAAAGUACUCUUGAGGUAGGGGCCCAAAGCGGGUCACCUGCAGCACCAGUGGAACAAGUGGUGAUAUACACAGAUACUUCAGGGAAUCCCACCCUGCCACAGAGAGAGGGAGCCCAAACCCCCACAGGAAGGGAGAGAGAAGCACGUGUGGGUGGAACCAAGAGUGCCAAAGAAUACUGCGAUGAACCUGAAGAUCUGUGCCUUCCAGCUACCCAGUGCUUUGUGGAAGGGGAGAGCCAGCACCCAGAAGCAGCUGUCCAGAGUUUGGAAGAUGAGCCUACCCAACUCUUCCCAUGUACUCUUCCACAAAAGCCAGGACCUUCCCAUCCUAGCCUUACGACUCCAGGUGCAGAUACCUUGGAUGUGCCUUGGGAAGUCUUGGCUACACAACCGUUCUGUCUAAGAGAACAGACAGAGACUUCUGAGCCCCAGCUCAUUGAUAACCAUGAAGCUCAUGGAUCUCGACCAUCUCUGCCUAGGGAACCACCAGGAUACCAAUAUCUGGUUCAUACCAGCCCAGUUCACACAGAGCUGUUGAGAAUUGAAGGCAGAGAGAUACAGACUAUGGAGAAAGCCAUGGGUAUACCAAAGGAAAUGGCCGACAGGAUGACCCCUGAGAGAGAGCCAUUGGAGAGGGAAAUCAGGGGAAGAACAGAAAACAGUGAGAGAGAUGUGAUAGGGGAAGAACUAACUCAGGGGACAGAGGACAGAGAGCCAAAGAAGGUGUUAGCUAGAGACAUUCAGAGAAAAGAGGCUGACAAGGAUCCUGAAGGGAAUAGGGAGAGUUUGGAGGCAGAAAUAGAGAUGUCCAACAGUUCACAGAAGAGAGAGAAAAAAGUAGAGAAACCAGAACCAGAGAGAGAAGGGGAGCCAGCUGAUUUAGAAGUGACCCCAGAUAGAGGGGUGACAGAGGAAGAGAGCCAUGAUCAGAAAGGUCAAAUUGCUAGUCUGACACUAAAGCCUGGAGUUGGGGUGAAGGACUUUGAGGGACUUACAUCAGCCCCAAUAAUCUCUGGGAGCCAGGCAGAUGGAGGAAAGGGAGACCCUUUGAGCCCUGGGAGGCAGCAGAGAGGCCGCUUGAGUUGCCAGAUGACACCUGCUGGAAAGGCUUCCAGGGGUGAUCCAGAGCCCCCAGACCACUGCCUGUUUUCUUCAGUACCUGAAGCUUCAACUCAGAGUCUCCUCACCUCUCAGAGCCAAAAGCAGUCUACACCUCAGCCUCUGUUUCCGACCUCUUCUUCUGAGAUACCUCUUCCUGAGAGUCUUCACACAAAGCCUACUGUCAGGCCACGGCGCUCCUCUAGGAUGCCCCCCUCCCCACACUCCUCUGCUGCCCUUAAGCCUUAUACUACCUGCCCCACAAACCAGCCUGCUGCCUCUAGACCAACAUCUCGAACCACUCGGGGCAGGGCAAAUAGGUCCUCUACCAGGACCCCAGGACUGGUUGUCCCUACAGACCCUGAAUUCCAGCCUUCCACCUCCACAGAACAGACUGUCAUCCCAACACUUACAUCCCAGGUCACUGAGGGCAGGGUACAUACCUCUGUUAAGAUGCCUGAACAAGUUCUCACAGGUCCCGAAAUCCAAUCUCCCACCUCCCCAGAACAGUCUGUCACCCCAGACCUCAAACCUCAGGCCACUCAGGGUAGACCAAGUAGAUCUCCCAACAAGACCCCAGAACCACUUAUUUCUACUGGCCCUGAACUCCCACCUCCCACCUCCAUAGAACAACCUGCCAUACCUAAACCCACUUCUCGGGUCACUCGGGGCAGGCCACGUAAGUCUUCUGUUGGGACCCCAGAAUCAGUUGUCUCCACUGGCCCUGAACUUCAGCCUCUCACCUCCAUAGAACAGCCUGUUAUCCCUAAACCUAGGGCCACUCGGAAUAGACCAAGUAAGUCUUCUACCAAGACCCCAGAACCAGUUGUCCCCACUGGUCCUGAGCUGCAGCCUCUUACCUCUGCAGAACAGCCUGUCACCCCUAACCUCAUAUCUCGGGCCUCUCGGAGUAGGUCAAGUAAGUCUAUCAGGACCCCGGAACCAGUUGACCAAACUGGUCCCGAAUUCCAUCCAUCCAUCUCCACAGAACAGCCUGAUACCCAUGAGCCCUCAUCUCGGGGUAGGACACGUAGGUCUUCUGUCAGGACUCCUGAAGCAAGUGUCCCCAUAACCCCUGAACUCCAGCCUUUCACUUCUAAAAAACAGCCUACCCCUAAGCCUACAGCUCUGGUCACUCGGGGAAGGACAUAUAAACCCUCCACUGAAGAUUCUAAAUCAGUUGGGCCAGUGGCCCCUGAUUUUGAGCCUUCUACCUCUACAGACCAUCUUGUCACCCCUAAGGUCACAGGUCAGAGCUUAACACUACAGUCUUCACCCCUAAGUGCUUCCCCAGUUUCCAGUACCCCUGAUCUCAAGCCUCCUCUCCCUAUAGCCCAGCCUGUUACCCUGGAGCCCAUUCCACAAGCCAAUCACCAAAGGAAACGAAGGGCUACUGGGAGGCAGGGCUCCUGCACAGUCCCUCUUGGUCAUAAGUCUUACUCUGCCCCCUCUGAAUCUGAGCCCCAAUCUUCAGCCAGCUCAGGAGCAUCAGAAGCAGAUUCACCCCGUCAAAAACGUCCCCGAAGACAAGUCUCCCAGAAAACCAUAGUCAUCAAGGAAGAACCUGCAGAAAUAGAAGUGAAGGAAGAGCCUCAGGAGACAGCAAUUCCAACACCAGGAAAGAGAAAGAGGGACCGUGCAGAAGAAGUGACCCAGGGAAAACCAACUCGAAGCCGGCGAACUAAACCUAACCAAGAAAUAGUAGCCCCCAAGGUACUGUUCACAGGAGUCGUGGAUUCUCGUGGAGAGCGUGCAGUGCUGGCUCUGGGAGGCAGUCUGGCCAGCUCAGUAAAUGAGGCCUCCCACUUGGUUACUGAUCGUAUCCGCAGGACAGUCAAGUUCUUGUGUGCCCUGGGGAAGGGAAUUCCCAUCCUGUCCCUGAACUGGCUGUACCAGUCCCGAAAGGCUGGUUGCUUCUUGCCGCCUGAUGACUACAUAGUGACUGAUCCUGAACAAGAGAAGAAUUUUAGCUUCAGCCUUCGGGAUUCCCUGCGCCUGGCUCAGGAACGAAGACUGCUGGAGGGCUAUGAGAUUCAUGUGACCCCUGGCGUGCAGCCACCCCCCUCUCAGAUGGGAGAGAUCAUCAGUUGCUGUGGAGGCACUUUCCUGCCCAGCAUGCCCCACUCCUACAAGCUUCACCGAGUUGUCAUAACUUGCACUAAAGACCUACCACGCUGUGCUAUUCCAUCCCGCCUGGGGCUGCCCCUCCUCUCUCCUGAGUUCCUCCUGACUGGAGUGCUGAAGCAGGAAGCCACACCAGAGGCCUUUGUCCUCUCCAAUUUGGAAAUGUCGUCUACCUAAAAAAAUAAUGUACCUUUACCCUCUCAGACCAGCAAACAGUCCUAGAAAACACUUGGAAAAAGGAACACACACAUACACAAUUAAGACGGGGCAAGGUGGUUCACAACUUUAAUCUUAGCACUUGGGAGGCAGAAAUAAUCAUAUUUUUGUGAGUUCUGGGUUAGCCAGAGGUACAUAAUGAGAUCCCAUCUCAAAAAACCAAAUCAAAACAACAAACCUCAGGAUUUCACAAAGGCUUAAGGUGUAUUGUAUUGUUAUAACUGUUUUGGGAAUGUAAAUAAGGCCUAAAAUAUUUUGGGGAAAAAAAAGGAACUUUUUUCCUAAGAUAACCAGUUUUUUAGUUGGCUCACCGGAGCUGGGUGUAGCUCUAUACAGAGCACCUGCCAUCAACCCAGCUGUGCUCUGAUGAAGCUGUUCCAGGCUCAGUACCCUGACUCUACCCCCUGUUCGGAGCCAGUAUUUCCCCUUUUCUUCCCAGGAUUCUACUCAACAUGAAGUAGCUCCCAGGAGUGCUUGGUUGAGAAGAUGAGGGUAGCUCAUGGGUGUGGUUAGAAAGGGCUUUUGUCUUGCUGCACUUGCUCUGCUUUGCAGUGUUUGCAGUUAGCUGUGGUCAUCUCCAGUAGGUCAAUGCUCGCUCUGCCUUCUUGGUGGCAAGUUUCUGUGUGGAGACAUGAUGGAUUUGAACUUGCACUUCAUUUAUUAUUAUUGAUUUAGAGUAAAUUGUGUUUGUUUUUUAAAGUUGGCUACUUUCCAGGAUGUGGAGAAAGUAGAACUCAUGAAUACUGCUGGUGUUCGGCUUGUCCUCUGCAGUAAACAGUAGCAAAGUUACUUCAAAGUAACUGCAGAGCUAGGCGUGGGCAUUGCCUAUAGCCCCAGUUCUUAGGAGGCUGAAGUAGGAAGGUCACAAGUGCCAGUUCAGUCUGGGCUACAGAGUAAAAGUCUGG